AUGUUCACCAUCACGUACACUGUCACGUACACCGUCACGUACACCGUCAUAUACACCGUCAUGUUCACUGUCAUGUUCACUGUCACGUACACCGUCAAGUACACCGUCAUGUACACUGUCACGUACACCGUCAAGUACACCGUCAUGUACACUGUCACGUACACCGCCAAGUACACCGUCAUGUACACUGUCACGUACACUGUCACGGACACCGUCACAUACACCGUCAAGUACACCGUCAUGUUCACUGUCAUGUUCACCGUCACGUACACCGUCAAGUACACCGUCAUGUACACUGUCACGUACACCGUCAAGUACACCGUCAUGUACACUGUCACGUACACCGUCAAGUACACCGUCACGUACACUGUCACGUACACUGUCACGUACACCGUCAUGUACACUGUCACGUACACUGUCACGUACACUGUCACGUACACUGUCACGUACACCGUCAAGUACACCGUCAUGUACACUGUCACGUACACUGUCACGUACACCGCCAAGUACACCGUCAUGUACACUGUCACGUACACCGUCACGUACACCGUCAUGUACACUGUCACUUACACGUCACGUACACCGUCAAGUACACCGUCACGUACACGUCAAGUGCACCGUCACGUACACUGUCACGUACACCGUCAUGUACACUGUCACGUACACGUCAAGUAA